CCAUAUAUUAUCUCCCCCUUCCCUUUUUCCAUUUACAAAAUUUCAAAAACAAAAAACACAAUAGAUUUGCAAUAAAUCAUCCACGAUCUCUCCCUAUAUAGUAGGUAAAAGAAUUCAAAGAUGAAUCUGGCCGUCGCAAUGUUCUUCUACUCCCUCUCUCUCCUCUCUCUCCUCUACUUGAUAUGGCGAUUCUUCGACGCCAGGAGGCACCGCAACUGCUACAUCCUCGACUACGAGUGCUACAAGCCCACCGACGACCGCCGCCUCAGCACGAAAUUCUCCGGCGAGGUCAUCCGCCGCAACAAGCACCUCGGCCUCAACGAGUACAAGUUCCUCCUCAAGGCCAUCGUGAGCUCCGGCAUCGGCGAGGAGACGUACGCCCCGAAGAUGGUGUUCGAGGGGCGCGAGGCCUCCCCGACCCUCCGCGACGGCCUGGUCGAGAUGGACGAGUUCUUCCACGACAGCAUCGACAAGCUCCUCACCCGCACCGCCAUCCACCCGGCCGACAUCGACGUCCUCGUCGUCAACAUCUCCAUGCUCGCCACCGUCCCCUCCCUCUCCUCCCGCAUCAUCAAUCAAUACAAGAUGCGGGAGGAUGUAAAGGUGUACAACCUCACCGGCAUGGGCUGCAGCGCCAGCUUGAUCUCUGUGAACAUCAUCCAGAAUGUCAUGAAAACUCGGAGGAACACUACUGCCAUGGUUGUGACUUCAGAGUCGCUCAGCCUCGGCUGGUACACAGGGAACGACCGUUCGAUGAUCCUCGCCAACUGCCUGUUUCGAUCAGGCGGCUGCGCGAUGAUCCUCACUAAUAAACCCUCACUGAAGGAUAAGGCCAUGUUCAAGCUGAGGACGCUGGUGCGGACGCACCACGGAGCCAGAGAUGAAUCCUACGACUGCUGCGUUCAGAAGGAAGACGAGAAAGGGUUUAUAGGGUUUCAUUUGGGGAAAAAUCUGCCAAAGGCCGCGACACGCGCUUUUGUUGACAAUCUGAAGGUCAUGGCGCCGAAAAUCCUCCCGAUCCGUGAGCUGGCCCGGUUCACAGCGCUGCUGGUGGCGCGGAAGGUGCGGCAGAAGUGGAGCAAGGCGGGAGGCGGAGGGGCGAGGCCGCUGAUCAACUUCAAAACAGGGGUGGAUCACUUCUGCCUGCACACGGGAGGGAAAGCGGUGAUCGAUGCGAUCGCGCAGAAUCUGGAUCUGAGCGAGUACGACGUGGAGCCGGCGCGGAUGACGCUGCAUAGGUUCGGGAACACGUCCGCGAGCAGCUUGUGGUACGUGCUGGCGUAUAUGGAGGCGAAGAAGCGGCUGAAGAAGGGGGAUAAGGUGUUCAUGAUCAGCUUCGGGGCGGGUUUCAAGUGCAACAGCUGUUUGUGGGAAGUGAUGAGGGAUUUGGAUGGGAGGAAUGUGUGGAGUGAGUUUAUUGAUAAGUAUCCGUUGAAGAAUCUGGCUAAUCCUUUCUUGGAGAAGUUUGGAUGGCUGCAUAAUGAGGAUCCUGAUACCUUCUUCGUCCCCGAUGAUUACGAAAUACCCGAUUAAUUAAUUGCUUCUUCUGUUUUACUUUCUGUAUGUGUGUGCGCGCGCGUUUCGUGAUUCUUCCAUAAUUAAUUUUGUUUUGUUUGUUUUCUCUAUCUUGGGGGUUUUAGACAUCCGAUUUAGAGAUACAAUUGUUGUUUACACCUCAAAAUUAUUGUAUCCUGUUUCAAAAUGUUAUGUAUACGAUUAAGAAUGCAAAAUGCA